AUGCCCGGCUUAAAUCUGGAGGUGUUCAAGUUCGGCAUCUAUGUCAUGUUUCCCAUUGGCAUCAUGUACUACUUCGGCACGAACCUCGAUAACCGCUUCUCCGUCCCCGACUUUUGGCCGCGACCCGAAGAGUGCAACAAGCUGCCGCGCGACCGCGACGAGCUCAAGAUUGAGUACGAGCGCAUGCUGGCCCGUCAGCGCUUCAAGCAGGCACGCCUGGAGGAGGAGCGCAGCAAGGGCGAGGGGGCCGGCAGCAGCGGAAACGACUCUUGA